CUCGAUUAUUGCAAUAGAAGUACAGUCGAUCACGAUCAACAUGACUCUCAUAGGGCAAAACUGGAAGUGAAUUGUGCCCUGUACCGUCUCGUCCAUCUGCCUUCGCGAUACAACCAGACUGCCGCAAGUGCCGUAGAUGCAGUGUCCAUUCAACAGUUCGAGAUGGUACCGCCACCAGAUUCGACCUCGCUCCAUUUGAUGGGAUAUGGAG